UACAGCGGGGUGUGAAAGUGAACGCUAGAAGGAAGGAUCAAUAAAAGAAGGGACGCCAUAUUGACCAAAACAAAAUGGCAGAACAAGAGAAUAGUUGACAAAGUCUGCUGGCUUUCGUUGACAGAUGCCUUCUGGUGACACGAUUAAUCCGCGACAACGACUUUUAGAUUUGCUCCUGUGCUCGCGGUUUUUUGCUGACGUAAUGACGUAAUUGCUCCUCCUUCCUAGCGGAGGCCACUCUUCUAAAUCACUAUGAUCAAGUUCCUGCUUAUGGUCAACAAACAGGGGCAGACUCGCCUAUCCAGGUAUUAUGAACAAGUGGAGCUUGGGAAGAGAGCAUCUCUGGAAGCUGACGUGGUCAGGGGAUGCCUCGCGCGGAGGAAGGAAGAGUGUUCGUUUGUGGAGUUUAAGGACUACAAACUGGUCUAUCGACAGUACGCUGCACUUUUUAUUGUUGUUGGCAUCACUGAAAAUGAGAAUGAACUUUCAAUCUAUGAACUUGUGCACAACUUCGUCGAAGUGUUAGACAAGUAUUUCAGUCGUGUGAGUGAGCUAGAUAUCAUGUUCAAUUUAGAUAAAGUACACAUUAUACUUGAUGAAAUGAUUCUGAAUGGACACAUUGUGGAGACAAACAAGACCCGGAUACUGGCACCACUCCUGGCCCUGGACAAGAUGGCUGAAAGCUGAUCCAGUGUUACAAAUAUAAAUAAAGAGUCUAAACUUGAGUUAAUUGUCCAUAAAAAUUAUUUAUAACAUAAUUUUGUUGUGAUCUGUAAUAAUCCCAAUGCAUUAUCAAAGAUGUCUAAAAAUUCCUCUUAAAAAAAUUAUGAAUGUGAAUCAGAUUCAGAAACAGAAAUAUUUGUGUCAGUUCAUCAUCAGCAGGAAAAAGCAAACAAGAUAGUGUUGAUACUUUGCAAACAUUUUAAUGAUUAUUUUUGGAGCAUACACAUUUGAAAAUAUUUGUUUACUUCAAACUGCAACUUGAGUUAAAUAAAGGUUUAUAAUAUACAAAGAAAAUACAAGGGAAAGCACAGCUUGCUUUUUGCUUUGUCUUUUUUUCUUUACCUUUUUUUUUUAAUGUGCCUUUCACACAGAACCAGUGUUUCUGUAUCUAUAGCUUUAUUGUAAAAUUACACAAAUGCACUCGGGGACUUUGAUCCUUUAGCAGGGCAACAAACAGUUGAAAACAUACUCACACAGUAACGGAAGCAAAAAAGGAAAAGCGUGUGCAUGAUUGUAUGCAGACAGAUUAAGUAAAACAAAUGAAA